AUGGAUUUUAAAAACAGCAGAGUUUUUAGUUCAUUAAGAGAGUUGAGUAACAAAUCAUGGACAUAUGAAUAUAGCGCAGGAUUCGUGGCGUUUAUGAUUCUCUUCUCAAACCAUGUCGCAAACAUUAGCUCACGGCACAUGGCAGUGGCCUUUCGUAUACCGGAGGCCACAACAGGAAUAUACUUCACGAAACUGUUCGGUUUUAGAGGAUUUCUCAUACUGUUCGGAUCGCUAGGAACGUACAUACUCAAAUGGUUCAUCUCGGAAAAAAACAUAGUACCAACACUCAUCUUCUCCACACUGAUCAUGGUCGCCAGGUUCUGCGCAAUGAUCAUCAUAUUCACGUCAAAAAACCCCGCCUUCCACAUAUACAACUUCUACGUAGUGGAGGCCCUGUUCGUGGGCCUGUUCCAAAUAUCAUUCUACGCUUUAACACCGGAGUUCGCAUCGCUACUAUCACUAUGUGUUAGGAUAUCUAAAAUCACAGUGUUCUUCAUACAGCUCAUCAUGGAUUUCACAAUUUAUCACAAACCCAUGCUGAUGCUGAGAAUACACUUCUCAGUCCUCUUCACACUCUCGUUCAUAUCCAUGUGCCUGUGGUACUACUACUGCUUCUCCAAGGGCAGGUACGCUAAUAAGGAAAAUGACUCAGUAGAAAUGGUGGAAACCAGAAGUAUGCAGUACUUCAACAUAGUUAACGCGCAGGGAAACGAGGGUGAGGAGGGUUUGGAGGAAAGCACAGAGCCAGCCUUCCUGACGCAUGUCAGAAACUGCAUAUCGCCGAUACUGAUGUCAGUGGCGACGCUGAUAAUGAACAACAUGAUCUCGCCAGGGCUGCUGCCCUACGCGUUGCUGGAGAGAGACAAGUGCCACAAGAUCAACAUGGCAGGAAUCCCGAUGGGUGUGGCGGGAUGCUUAGUCAUCCACAUCCUUAAGAAAAAUAUAGAGUCGAUGAACACGAAGUGGACGUGGCACUGGCACGCCUUCUGGGUAUGCGCAAUACCGCCGUUCGUAGUGUUCAUACUGACCUUCGUGGCGCUGCACACAACGACGGCAGUGGGCGCAGCAAUAUACAACUCACAGAACGCAGUGCUGAUCAUGGCGGUGAUGUUCUUCUUCUUUCACCCGAUGGUUGAAACGCUCGGGUUUGUAGGUGUCGUGUCGAACGUAAGGCACCUGGGGAAAGUGCUGGAAAGAGGACUUAAGGUGAUCUCGACUAAUCUGUUUUUUACGUACAUUGUGGGCUUCACAGCCUACAAGGUCUCAGUGGGUUACAACGUGAUGCGCUCAUCAUACGAGUUGCAACCCGACCCCUCACUCAAUAUUCUCCCCAGACUGUUCUUCUGGUUUACGUCCUCAUUUAAAUACGGAUUCAGGGACUUUGUGAACGAAUUCAGACUGAACAUCAAGGAGUACAUCUAA